CUGCACUAUGGGUCCCUCCUGGGCAGCAGAGCUUGUGUCCACAUGGCAGCAGCUGCCUGGGGCAGUGGCUUUCUCACUGCUCUGCUGCACACUGCCAAUACAUUUUCACUACCCCUCUGCCAAGGCAAUAGCCUAGACCAGUUCUUCUGUGAAGUCCCCCAGAUCCUCAAGCUCUCCUGCUCCGACUUGGACUACCUCAGGGAAGUUGGUCUUCUUGUGUUUAGUGCUUUCUUUUCUUUUGUGUGUUUUGUUUUCAUUGUGCUGUCCUAUCUGCAGAUCUUCAGGGCCGUGCUGAGGAUGCCCUCUGAGCAGGGACGGCACAAAGCCUUUUCCACGUGCCUCCCUCACCUGGCCGUGGUCUCCCUCUUUAUCAGCACUGCCCUAGCUACUUACUUGAACCCCCCCUCCCUCUCCUCCCCAUCCCUCAGUCUGGUGCUAUCAUUUCUGUACUCGGUGGUGCCUCCAGCAGUUAACCCACUCAUCUACAGCAUGAGGAACCAGGAUCUCAAGGAAACCUUUAGGAAACUAUUGAAACUAUUGCAAUAUACUGUAUUUCAGCAUCAAUGA